AUGUUCCCCAGAUUGGGCCUUAGGCUUAGCCAAACAGGCCUUGGCUUGAGGCCAUCUAGGCACAUACUUUUUAAAAGAACAGUGAAAACGCCAACUAUUGACUGGAAGCCUAUUAAAUCCUCAGUGAGCAAUCUAGCUAGAGCAGAGAACCAGGAGAAGCAAAAAGGUUUCCGCAGAUUCAUAUUGGGUCUCAUGAUCGCCAUGCCUGUGAUCACCUUUUGGUUGGGAUGCUGGCAAGUAAAGCGUCUUAAGUGGAAGGUUGAUCUCAUUGCUCGUUGUGAACACUUGCUAGCGGAGCCUCCACUCGAGAAUUUGCCUGCUGAAUUGGACCCAUCGGUCAUCCCAGAAUACGAAUACCGCAGAUUCAAGAUCAAGGGAAAGUUCGAUUACUCGCAGGAACUAUUCUUGGGACCUCGUAUCCGAAACGGUGAGCUCGGAUACUUGUUAAUAACUCCCUUUAUUCGUGCCGAUGGCGGAAAGCCUAUUCUUAUCGAGCGUGGGUGGAUUGCAAAAGAGAAAGUUAUUCCGGAAACCAGAAACAAGGGCUACUUGUCACAUUUGUCCCUUCCUCAGGGUGAGAUUGAAAUCGAAGCAAUGUUCAGAACCAUGCCAAAGAAGUCAUUCAUGCAAUAUGAGCACGAGCCUGGUACCAGAUUAUUCCACGUCCCUGACGUUGAAGCCAUGGCGAAGGAAACAGGAAGUUUGCCAAUUUAUGCACAAAUGAUGUACUCUUUGAAAGACAAAAAUGACUGGCACGGACCUCAAGAGGCUACUGAAAAGAAGAGCUCAUGGAAGCGACUUUUCCUUGCUGGCCCGAAGAACCCUAACUCAGAGCAUCUUCCAGAAUCAGACACUGAUACAACACUCCAAUACCAAGAAUUUGAGUUUGUCAAUCAAGGAGUUCCGUUGGCUGCUAUUCCAAAAGUGAACUUCACCAAUAAUCAUAUGCAAUACUUAAUCACCUGGUUUGGUAUAUCUCUAGCGAGCACAGCACUUCUAAUCUAUUCUCUUUACAAGAGGAAGAGUUCAGGAAGUGCCGAGAAGGUGAUUGAGGCCAAGAGGAAGGAGAUGAAAAAACAUUUCUAG